GAGGCCUAGUGUAAUGCGUGUGUGAAGCCGCGCGUUUUGGAAUACAUUGUGCAGACAACGAUACCAUGGUGAAACUUACAGCAGAUCUUAUUGAGCAGGCUGCGCAAUAUACAAAUGCUGUGCGAGACCGGGAAUUGGAUCUGCGGGGUUAUAAAAUUCCAGUAAUUGAAAACUUGGGUGCUACCUUGGACCAAUUUGACACAAUCGAUUUCUCUGACAAUGAGAUCAGAAAGUUGGAUGGUUUCCCUUUGCUGAAAAGACUUAAAACUCUUUUGUUGAAUAAUAACAGAAUAUGUCGUAUAGCUGAAGGACUGGAACAUGUUUUACCUAACCUUACAGAAUUGAUUCUUACAAAUAACAGUAUUAUGGAAUUGGGUGAUCUAGAUAAUCUGGCGCCAGUAAAACAUCUCGCUUAUCUUUCUUUAUUAAAAAAUCCAGUCAUCAAUAAAAGACAUUACAGGCUUUAUGUGGUUUACAAAUUACCACAGGUUCGGAUCCUGGACUUUCAAAAGAUCAAGCUAGCGGAGCGAGAGGAGGCAGCGAAUUUGUUCAAGGGCAAGCGGGGUGCACAGCUUGCAAAGGAUAUUGCCAAGAGAUCAAAAACAUUCACACCUGGUGCUGGUUUACCAGUUGAAAAGAAGAAAUUAGGUCCUUCCCCAGGUGACGUUGAAGCUAUCAAGAAUGCCAUUGCCAAUGCUACCACAUUAGCAGAAGUAGAAAGACUCAAAGGAUUGCUGCAGUCUGGACAGAUUCCUGGAGCAGAUGUUGUGACUGGUACAUCUGAGGACGUUGAAGAAGAAAUGGAAGAAGACAUAGUUACAAAUGGAUUGUGACAGAGAAAUGAAUAAAUGACUUAAUUUUGAGGUUUUAUUACUUGACUGUGUUGCCAUUGUAAAUGUUCCACUGUAAAUUUAAUUCUAAUAAAGGUCCCCUUUUGUAAUAUUA